AUGCAAACUUUUGUUAACGCGCUGAACACCAGUCUUAUCCCAGGCCCAGAUCGACGAGGUGCUGAGGCAUGGUUGCAGAGCGCCACUGCCCAGCCGGGCAUGUUACCCUUGGCUUUGACCGUUAUACAGAAUGUUUCUUUACCAUCGACGACGCGGCAGCUGGCAGCGGUGUGGGUCAAGAACACCUGCAAGGCUAUCUGGGGGGGCGAGAGUGAAGAUCCCGUACCUCCAGACGCGGAUGUAGUGGCACUCAAAGGGCAACUCGUACCGCUGACCGUCUCGCUUGGUUCUCAAUCAUCGCAUCAAGCAUUGCUUGCUGAAGCUGUGUCCAUUAUCGCUGCCGUGGAAUUUCCCCAAACAUGGCCCGAUCUCAUGGACCAGUUAGUGGCAUGUCUGUCUCCCACCGACUGGGCAGCGAAUGCUGGCGUGAUGGAGAUUGCCCACUCUGUCUUUCUCCCAUGGAGAAGCAUGACACGCAGCGAUGAGCUAUUCCUGGCUAUCAAGACUGCGCUGGAUAAAUUCUGUCCUCCAUACAUGGCCGUCUUCACCCAGGUUGACGCUCACCUUGAACAACCUUCAUCCAGCGUGCCCGUACCGCUGCUCGGAAAGACGCUUCACUCUAUGCUCCAGAUAUACCUGGAUCUCAACUCUCAAGACCUUCCGGAAUUCUUCGAGGACAACAUGGGCUAUUUUAUGGGCAACGAUGGGCGAGGCGGUGUGCUGCUCAAGUAUUUGGCCUUUGAGCGACCCGAGCUGAAAUCUGACGAUGAAGACACCCCAGGGCUGCUGCAGAAGAUUCCAUCUACCAUUUGUGAGAUCGCCGAAUUAUAUGCCAUGAAGUAUCAUGAAGAAUUCAAGGAGCUUCGCACAUUUGUUGGUGCAGUUUGGGAGCUGCUUGGAAAAUUAAACAAAGACGCCAGAAACGACAUGCUGGUCAACCAAGCCCUGCAUUUCUUAGGCGUGGUCGUGAAGAUGGGCAUCCACCGCGAAUUUUUUGACAACGCAGACAUUCUUAGAGGGUUCUGCGAGAGGAUCAUUUUGCCCAACAUUAUUCUUCAAGAGAAAGAAGAAGACAUGUUUGAAGACGAUCCCCUUGAAUAUAUUAGACGAGAUCUAGAGACUGCCACUGACGCCACGACUCGACGACAGUCCGCCACCGAAUUUACCAGAGCCGUGAUGGAACAUUUUGAAGGCCCUAUUACCACCAUGCUCAUGCCAUAUAUCAAUCAAAACCUUGAACAAUACCGUGCAAAUCCGUCUGAGAACUGGAAGUACAAGGACACUGCUAUCUGCCUUCUUACUGCCAUUGGCUCCCGUGGAGGAACUGCACAUCAAGGCGUCACUUCCACAAACGCCAUGGUUGACGUCGUCCCUUGGUUUGGCCAGAACGUGCUUGUCGAUCUGCAAGCGCCGCCCGAUACUGUGCACCCGAUCAUUCAAGUGGACGGUAUCAAAUUCCUCCAUACGUUCCGAAAUCAACUAACAAAAGAACAACUUGUCACCGUCUUGCCACUCGUGGUCCAUCAUCUCUCAUCUAGCAAUUAUGUGGCAUCGUCUUACGCAGCUAUCGCUAUCGAACGAAUUCUCUUCAUAAAAAAGAGCGGCCAAUUUAUGUUUGGUCCAACGGACAUGCAUGACCUCACCCUCCCAAUCCUACAAACCAUCCUGCAAAAGAUCAUCUCUGGACAAACCCCUGACAAAGUGGCAGAGAAUGACUACCUUAUGAAGUGUGUGAUGCGGGUAAUACUUACCGCUCGGCAGACACUGGUGCCAAUCUAUGCAGAUAUUCUGAACUCACUGGUGACCAUCAUCGGUAUCAUCUGCGCCAAUCCCAGUAAUCCCAUGUUCAGCCAAUAUUGCUUUGAGAGUUUAUCCGCAUUAGUCAGAUUUAUCACCGCCGCACAGCCUGUCACCGUUUCCCAAUUUGAGACCGCGCUAUUCCCUGUCAUUACCGGUAUAAUGCAGCAGGAAGCCGCCGCGGACUUCAUCCCAUACGCCUUCCAGAUAUUGUCGCAACUUCUAGAAGCCCACACUGGCGAUCUACCCCCUGCGUACAACGAUGUCUUACGCAACAUCGUUUUGUCACCACAGCAAUGGCAGGCGAAGGGCAGUAUCCCCGCUUUAGUGCGUCUUCUCAAGGCAUUUCUUCAAGCUGCAGGGAGGAACAUGGAAGCCAGCGGAGCACUCAAACUGGUUUUUGGCCUUCUACAACAACGAUUGUUCCCGUCGAAAUUGUAUGAUGGGUUUGGAUUCGAGAUUCUUCAGACUAUCAUAGUAACCGUACCUCCCGAACACUUCCAGCCAUAUAUUAGCAGCACCCUGAUGACCAUCCUUCAUCGUCUUAUGGGACAGCGGUCUGCGAACCUCUACUACUACUGGAUGUACUUUGUCGCAUAUGCAUCUGCAGUUCAGGUGGAGGGUUUUUCUCCUGACUUCAUCAUCACGACUCUAAACACCAUUCAAGCCGGGAUAAUGGCACCCUUGCUCAAGUCUGUCAUUACCCCGGAGUUGCCAAGAACGCAGGUAAAACAUCGGAAGGUUGUUGUUGUGGGGUACACGAGACUUCUUACACAAUGUCCGCUUUUGCUGCAAGAACCUAAUGUCGAAGCUUGGCCGACGACGUUGGAGGCAGUCCUGCAGCUAUUCGAAGGAAGCCAAGCAGUGUCAGCGGAGAAGGAAGAGGAUGUAGCGGACUUUGAUGUGGAACCUGGGCAGGAGAUGUACCAAGCGUCGUUCUCCAAGUUGUCCGCCUCUGCGGUGAAGGAGGCGGACCCUGUGGGGUAUGUGAAUGAUCCUCGGGUGUACCUGAGCGAGCAAUUGGCACAGCUGUCCUCGGCCAAGCCUGGGGUGGUGAAGCCGUUGAUGGAGAAGGUGCAAUAUUCGGUGAGGAACCAGUUCAUGGCGACGAACGGCCACUCUAUUUGAUACCCCGAUUUUGACUGAGCGGAGAUUCGCGUCGGAUAACCAC